AUGGCGGCGACAGGAGUCUUGCCUUUCGUCCGAGGCAUUGAUUUGACGAAAAAUGACUUUAAGAUGUUGAUUUUAGUGGUAAUGAUUCUGGAUGUUGUUUUUUCAGAUGUUAAUUUUAGUGGUAAUAAUUCUGAACUCGUUUUUUCAGAUGUUAAUUUUAGUGAUGUUGAUUUUAGUGGUAAUAAUUUACCCAGAGUUCCUGAACCUUUGUAUAAAUUAUCUUCGUUGAAACGUCUUAAUUUAUCAAAUAAUCAGAUUUCAGAGUUAUCUCUCAUGGUUGAUGUGUGGACGAAUUUAGAAACGUUGAAUCUUUCUAGAAACAAUAUUAAAUCAUUACCAACUAGCCUCCAUAAAUUAUCAUCAUUAAAGAAAUUGUAUGUAAAUUGUAACGAGUUAGAUUUUGAAGGAAUACCGGCCAGUAUUGGUAAAUUACAUAACCUGGAGAUUUUCUCAGCUGCUAAAAAUAACCUAGAGAUGAUUCCUGAAGGUCUCUGUAG